ACUCCCGACAGCCCCCCUGGAGAUAUGGUGGGACAGUCGCUGAUGACAAACUUUGCCUUUCGGGGGAAUUAUUGAUUAAUAGGAGGAGAUAAAGCGUGGCUCUGCCAGGCUCUGACCCAGCUACCUCUACCUCUCAAGCAGGACCUGUCUGUCAGCCUCCCUGCCGGUGUUUUGCCAUGAGCUCAGUGACACUGUUUGGACAACACCGACAACUGUUCCCCACUCAGCAGGUCAUCUGCUGUUUGCUCUGAUUCAAUACGACCUUACCGCCGCUGAUUUGGAAUAAAAAUGGCCAACCAGUACAUCAGGCACAAGUACCUCUGGAUAUACGUUUUGAAUUAUGACAGACUGUAAAUGAAGAUCGUAAUGGAGACUGCACUAAGUGCGAUAUUGGAGGGACAUCAGACUCUAACGGCGUCAGGAUCGGCCACCGUCGCCUUUUCAACACCGGAGUCUUCCUCUGCUUUGACAGAGACCUCUUCCACUAACUCACCAGAGCACAGAGAGGAUGACUGCCCACAUGAAGUCCAAAACUGUGAGCUUUCAGAGCCAGACCAGGGAACCCCCAAACCGGAGAGUCUUGGUUACAUCAGUAACAACAACACUGAAUUUGGGGAGCCUGGCCAAGAGCCGAUCAACCACAGGGUAGUCUCUCUGGAGGUGACGCGGAGCCCACGUCCAAUGGCUUCAUCUCAUUUCCAGCAGCAGGGUAUAACGUCCUUACGACACACGUCAGCAGACAGCAGCUGUGGUAACACUCACAUUGCUGGCCCUGCCGUGGGACAUUUGGACAUGAAGCUUCAGGACAAUCUUGCUGCUGAGAUAUCUGUAGAGUCUGUUAAGAAAGCAAACCCUUGUGGUCCGGCAGAGGACUUGAGCUGUAAAUGUAAACCACAUGUGAAAACAUUUGUAGGGGGCAACUGUGAAGUAAGACGAAUGUUGAACGGUGAUGUUAUCAAGGCUCUGGACCCUUGCUCCAUCCUAGUAAAAGCGCCCACUGUGAAACCCUCCUGUACUCUGCCUCUCCCUGCCGCUGUAAGCGACGCCUGCGACGCUGGCCAGAAAUUCUGGGAUCUGCCGCGCAUCAUAAAGCACAAACCGAGCUCCAUCACCUUCUUGGACAACACCUGCCCCUCCAUCUGUGUCAACCAGUACGUUCUCACCAACGAGAGCUCCGACGGCGGGGAGUCCUCGCUGGAAGAAGAUGAUGAAGAGGAUGAUGGUGAUGAUGAUGGGGAUGAUGAAGAUGUGUUCCCAGAGCUGCCUCCCCACCGUGGAGUCCUUGUCAAUCACAGAUGUGAAAGUGCUGACAAGGGCGAAGUGAAGAGGAGUGAUGCCGUAAUUUCCCUGGAAGAGUCCACAGGCAUCGCCCGCACUUCCAGUAAUUGCGGUUACGAGGCAGAGCUGGAAACCAACAGGGGGGAGGAGUCUCCUCAAGUCACGUCACCCUGGUCUGAGUCUAUGAACCAGCUGAUGCAGAAGCUGGACCAGCUCAACCUGGAUAUAGAGGAGGCCCUGAGUGCCGGCUCCUCUCCCUCUGACACACCCUGCACCACCCGCAAGAAACAGUGUGGGGCUGUUUCACGAUCCUUGGUACACCAAUCCCCAAACAACCGAGCCCUACAGAGACCAGACAAAGAAGAAUGCCUGAGCCACGAUAGGUCCUCAUCACCUCAUAUCUCCACCGGACCAAGAGCAAGAAACAAAAGCACAACGAUGUUCAGCAAGGUCACCAGUGGAGGGCCAGAAAUUGAGGCAAAGGAAGCAUGUGACUGGCUGCGGGCGGCAGGAUUCCCCCAAUAUGCUCAGCUCUUUGAAGAUUCCCAGUUCCCCAUAGACAUCACUCCUGUGAAAAGAGAUCACGACUUUCUGGACAAAGAUCUUGUGGAACCUCUUUGCAGACGCCUCAACACCUUGAACAAGUGCGCCUCUAUGAAACUUGACGUGAACCUUCCGAAGAAGAAAAGUGAAGACUCGGAUGAAGAAGACCUGUUUGCUAUCAGUGACAAAUGGACCUUUGAGUGGAGUAGCCGGCGUUGGUCCAGGCUGCAGGACAUUGACUGUCUGCUGGGGGACCGCGGCGACGCUCAGCCUUCCAGGGACGGCUUACCGCUGAGGACUGCCCCCAGCAGCGAGAGUGUUUUGACAGACUUGAGCGAGCCAGAGGUCUCCUCGCUGCACAGCGAGAGCAGUGGGGGCAGCGGGCACAGGGGCCUCAGCACAGAGGACUCCGACUGCUCCAACCGUACCUACUCAGACUCCGCGGCGAUGCCUGACUCCACCUCCCUCACCAUGCCCCACCUCCCCAAAGAUAUCACCAACUGCGGCUCCCUGCCCGUGAAGCAUGGCAAGUUGGGCCGCACACGUGCCAAAGACUUCCUGAAACGCAUGGAGACCUUGCGCUCUCGAGGGACGCUGGGAAGGGGUCGCAAGACGCCAGUCAUCAGUGCUCCGGUGCUGCAGCAGGAAGCCCAGGCUCUGAAGACACUGCACUGUGUGGAGAUCAUAAAUGGAGAGGACAGGGCUGAAGAGCUGCCCUCCAACAGAGCUCUCCCCUCCCAGUCCAGCAGUGAGGGCAGUAGCCAUUCCAGUGGCAGUGCUGUCAGCACACCAAGCCUGAAGGAGCGUAAGCCUCACAGAGCAGACCACAAACGCAGUGGCAUGUACCUAGAGGACAUGGACAUCUUCUCAGGCGCCCCGUUGAAGAGAGUAGCAGAACAGAACCGCAGGAACGAAUUCUGUUCCUAUGAGGACCUGGUAGUGCAUAUCCCCAAAGACCACAAGCCGGGAACUUUCCCCAAAGCGCUGUCUAUAGAGAGUCUGUCCCCCACCAACGUAGCCUCUAUCAACUGGCACACAGGCAGCAUGCACCUAGACUCCAAGCUAAUAUCAUGCCCCAAGGAAACGAGGCCUGUUACACAGUGCUGCUCGAGGGGCAGCCGUAUCAGUAUAUACGAUAAUGUUCCUGGCUCCCAUCUCUAUGCAAGCACUGGAGACCUCUUGGACCUGGAGAAGGAGGACCUGUUCCCUCAUCUGGACGAUAUCCUCCUGCAUGUCAACGGUUUACAGCAGAUCGUAGACCACUGGUCUAAGAACGUGCUGCCAGCAGGGGAGGGGCAGAUGCCAGGAGGCAAGCAGGGAGAGGACACUGCAGACCUCCAGUCCUCCAGUCAGAUCACAUUGGACUUUGAAGGAAACUCAGCCAUGGAGGGCCAGACCGCCUCUAGCGAUGGAGACAGGGACAAAAUGUCACUGGUUGACUCGGACUCCACACAGCUCAGAGAGAGGAGGGACUCAGGAGUUGGGGCUUCGCUCACGAGACCCAAUCGGUUACGAUGGCCCAGCUUCCAGAUAUCCAAUCGCCUCAGUCACUCAGUGGCCUCUCUGCAGAUAACCAACCAAUCGGCAGGCCAGCUGAGCUUGCUGCAGAAGUUUUCUCUGCUGCGUCUUACUGCCAUCAUGGAGAAGUACUCCAUGUCCAAUAAGCACGGCUGGACCUGGUCCGUGCCAAAGUUCAUGAAGAGAAUGAAAGUGCCAGAUUAUAAGGAUAAGAAUGUGUUUGGCGUACCUCUUAUAGUGCAUGUUCAGCGCUCUGGACAGCCCCUACCUCUCAGCCUGCAGCAGGCCCUGAGGUACCUGAGGAGUCAGUGUCUUGACCAGGUGGGUCUCUUUCGGAAAUCGGGGGUGAAGUCUCGCAUCCAAGCUCUGAGGCAGAUGAAUGAGAGUUCACCGGACAAUGUGAAUUACGAGGACCAGUCUGCGUAUGAUGUGGCCGAUAUGGUGAAGCAGUUCUUCAGGGAUCUGCCUGAGCCCCUGCUCACCAGCAAGCUGGGGGAGACCUUCCUCCACAUCUACCAGUAUGUGCCCAAGGACCAGAGGCUGCAGGCUGUCCAGGCAGCCAUCAUGCUCAUGUCAGAUGAGAACAGAGAGGUGCUGCAGACGCUGCUGUGUUUCCUGAGUGAUGUCACCUCAUCUGUGGAGGAGAAUCAGAUGACGCCCAUGAACAUCGCCGUGUGCCUCGCCCCUUCCCUCUUCCAUCUUAAUAUUCUCAAGAAAGACAAUCUUUCACCCAGGGCCAUGCAGAAGAAGUACGCCACUGGCAGGCCAGAUCAGAAGGACCUGAAUGAAAACCUGGCGGCGACGCAGGGCCUCGCUCACAUGAUCAUAGAGUGCAACAGGCUGUUUGAGAUCCCCCACGAGAUGGUAACUCAGUCACGCAACUCGUACGUGGAGGCGGACCUGCACGCCCCGACCAUUGACGAGCUGUGCAAACAGCUGGAGGAGGACGAUGGGACCUAUCAAACCCAUAUGGAGGGACGUCUACAGAGCCUCCUCAAGGCGGCCAAGGAGAAGUCCAAGUACUGGGUGUCUUGCAACAGCUCUGACAACACAGAGCUGUACUAUAAGAAGGUGGGAGAUGGAAACCCUCUUAGACGCUGGAGAGUGUCUGUGGAAGUGGAGGCUCCCCCGUCAGUGGUGCUGAACCGCGUGCUGCGAGAGCGCCACCUGUGGGAUGUAGACCUGCUGCAGUGGAAAGUGAGGGAGACGUUAGACAAGCAGACCGAGGUUUUCCAGUACAUCCUCAACCGCAUGCCUCCUCAUCCCAGCAGGGACUUUGUGGUGCUCAGGUCGUGGAGGACAGACCUGCCCAAAGACGCAUGUUCUCUGGUGUCCGUGUCGAUAGAGCAUGAGAACUGUCCUCCGGUUGGAGGGGUACGAGCCAUAGUCCUGGAGUCCAACUACUUGCUCGAGCCCUGUGGCUCUGGGAAAUCCAGACUAACUCAUAUAUGCAGAGUGGACUUGAAAGGGAGGGCUCCAGACUGGUACAACAAAGCCUUUGGCCACCUUUGUGCUGCCGAAGCUGCCCGAAUUCGCAACUCCUUUCAGCCCAUCCUCACAGACGGCCCAGAGACCAAGAUUUGAUAAGUCUCGCUGGCUGUGUCUGUUCAGCCUUGAGACUGAGCCAGACAAAGCUAAGAGGCAGACACAGACCGGAAGUGAAACCCCAGCACUAAAGCACAGUUUUUUUAUUGUUAUUUUUUUUCCAGGGCACAGAUGUUCUGAGAACAACUUUGCGCUCCUCUGUACUUGCACAAUGACAAAAGAGGACGUCUUAUAGGUGCUGGACAUAAUUGCCCAAUGAGGAAAAUAAUCAUCCUGCCAGUGUCCAUAGCAUUAUGAUUUUACUAAUUUUGAUGUUGCUACAUAUUACUAUUACUAUUAUUAUUAUUGUUAUUAUUAUUAUUAUUAUUAUUCUCAUCUUUAAUAAUAUUGUCGCUAUAAUCUACAAUGUCUAGGACAUGCAAGCGCUUAAAUGCUUCCGGGAAGCACAUCUUUUAUUCAUUUUCAAUGUAAAGCUAUAUUGAAUGUGUCCACAAGUGUUUGUAUAUAUAUGUGUGUGUGUGAAUAUGUUCUGUACAUGCAAUUAAGAUAUAUAUAUAUAUAUAUAUUUUAUAUAUUUGAAAGGAUUAUUAAUACAAACAUUAUUUCUUAAAUCGAUUCUUCCGCUGAGUCAGCCUCAGUUUAAUAGAUAAGGUACAAAUAUGUAAGCUGGUUUUACUUUGCUUCAGCAUUGCCGUUUGGAAUGGGUGUAAUUUUAUUAAACUUUGACCAAUGUGGUUGUGAAAAAAAAGAAGAAAAAAAAACGACUUAAGGUUUGACAUGAUCAUACCUGCUUUAGGGUACUGGACUGUGCAGCCAAGUUCCAAAGACAGUCCCAGGAUUUCUAAGAAAAAAAAAUAAAGGUGU